AUGGAGCAGGAAGCAGCAAGAGAAGAAGAAGAGAAGAAAGAAGGCUUGAUUGAGUUUUAUGAUUCCUUCAAGGACAUGUUUGAGUUCUUCUGCAAGAACACAACCAUCCACGGCACCAUCCGGCUCGUGUGCUCCGACAGCAACAGGAUGAAAACAGCCUUCUGGACUCUGCUUCUCCUGGCCAGCUUUGGCAUCUUGUACUGGCAGUUUGCCCUCAUGUUCAGCCAGUACUGGGCUUACCCUGUGGUCCUGACCAUGUCAAUGCAUUCAGAACCCAAGAUGUUCCCAGCAAUUACCAUCUGCAACCUAGACCCAUACAGGUUUGAUCUGGUGAGUGAGCACCUGGUCCAGCUGGAUCACAUGGCAGAGGACUCCAUCGCUUUCCUCUAUGGCAUCAACACCUCAGCCAGCCUGUCCCACCUGCACGAGGGCAACAUCCAUGUCCAGGACUUGCCAAACAUAGGCAACCUCAGCAGGUCUGCCUUCAAGCUGAGCCACAACUUCUCCCUCCUCAGAAUGCCUGACCACGACAACAGGGCAGGCAAGAAGCACUCCAACGUGGGCUUCAGGCUGUGCAAUGCCACAGGUGGGAAUUGCUUCUACAAGACCUAUUCCUCUGGGAUGGAUGCAAUUCUGGAGUGGUACAGGUUCCACUACAUGAACAUCAUGUCCCAGCUACCAGUUAUAAUCAACAUCUCUGAUCAUGAGGAGCAAAUAGAAGACAUGGUCUACUCCUGUCAGUAUGAUGGGGAGCCCUGCAGACCCAGUGACUACGUUCACUUUCACCACCCAGUCUUUGGAAGCUGCUACACUUUUAACAGCCAGGGAACAGACUCCUUUUGGACAGCUACAAAACCAGGAAUCCCUUAUGGACUUUCCCUUAUCCUGAAAGCAGAGCAGAAGGACCACAUCCCACUCCUGUCCACAGUAGCAGGUGUGAAAGUGAUGAUCCACAACCACAACCAGACACCAUUCCUAGAGCAUGAAGGCUUUGACAUCAGACCAGGCAUUGCAACCACCAUAGGCAUCCAGCAGGACGAGGUGAAUCGCCUGGGUGGCAACUAUGGGAAGUGCACGACCAAUGGCCACGAUGUGAAGGUCAAACUCCUGUACAACAACUCCUACACCCUGCAGGCUUGUUUGCAUUCCUGCUUCCAGCACAUUAUGGUUCAAAAAUGUGGCUGUGGCUACUACUACUACCCACUGCCUCCUGGUGCUGAGUACUGUGACUACAACAAGCAGCCUGCAUGGGGUCACUGCUUUUACCAGCUCUACAGCAGGCUCAGAAACCAUCACCUGAAUUGUUUUGACCAGUGCCCCAAGCCUUGCAGGGAAUCACUCUACAAAGUGUCUGCUGGGACAGCCAAAUGGCCAUCAGUGAAGUCUCAGGACUGGGUCCGGCAAGCUCUGAGGCAUGAGAAUGGAUACAACUCUACCAGCCACAGGAAGGAUAUUGCCAAGGUGACCAUCUUCUACAAGCAACUCAACUACCAGGCUGUGAAUGAGUCUCCUUUGCUCUCAGAGAAUCUGCUUCUGUCCAGCAUGGGAAGCCAGUGGAGUCUGUGGUUUGGAUCCUCAGUGUUGUCUGUGGUUGAGAUGUUUGAGCUGCUCAUAGAUACCCUGGUCUUGUCUCUCCUCUUCUGCUACCAAAGGCUCAGGGCAAAGACUUUGAAAGUAGCUCACACUCCUACCAUCCCCACCGUGAGCCUGGCCCUGGAGAACUACAGAGCUUUGCAGGAAGAAGGUGGAAAAGGUGAGGACUCUGCUCACACUCACCCUGCUGGAGUGACUAUUGCCAUGGACAACAGUCACCUGCAUCUUCAUCCCUUCUCCAGCAAGGUGGAGAUGCCAGAGCUUUGCCCAGAUGUGGUGCUGAAUGGAUUUAGGUACAAGGAGAGCUCUGUGGAAGGGCAGCUGAACAGCUAA